UUUAAUUAUGAUCUAGACUGAUUCAGCAGUGGAACAAAUAAGCUGUGAUAAGAUUUAUAUUGAAUAUACUAUGGAAUGGAACUUAUAUUGAUAUUGUAUUGACUCUAAAUUACUGUAUGACGAAACUCUAUGUUUUUAAAAGCUAUUGAGUUAAUAAAACAUUAUUAUUAUAAUAAAUAAAUGUUGGUGGUAACAGUAGGCACUGUUAGGCUUCCUAUUCAAUUUACAUUCUAUUUUAUUAUUAGAUGUUGGUCAAGAAUUCAAAUUGCAAAACUUCAAACAUCGUCUUUACUACAAGAUCUUCUUCCUGUGAGAAUGACAACUGAUAAUGCGGCAUUGUUGUACAGUUUUAUCAGACUGUGUAUAGAGACCACCAAAUAGAGCUGAAUGAUACUUCUGUGAAGAUUGCUGUUUUGAAGGUGAUGGCUGAUAUGUUUGGGGGAUACCAGCAUACAUAUGGUCUGCCACUGUUGAAACAGUUGAGUUACGAAGGAAAUAUCGACUUCAAAUCUGUCGAUAACUGUUUUAGGAUGCAGGAUGAGUUGAAAAUUCUUCUGAACACAGAUGGAUUGAAAUGGUCUCCACCUGUAGUUUUCAGGAACACUUUGACGAAAGUGAGAGAGCUGAAUAUGACAGUGAAUGAAGGAAGAGAAAAGCCAUGCACAAACGUAUUUCUAAGAGACCCAAGAGAAUCUUCUAAUGGAGGAUUUGAAAUGUAUAAUGAAUCGAGGCGGGGAGGAUGUUUUCCAAUACCUCUGCCAAUAUUCGACAACUACAUGCAUCCGAAAGCGGUCAUCCUCCCUUUGAAAGAGCGCCGAUUUGCCAGCUUAACCACCGAAAAUGGACACAACUUAUUGCUGGAGUACUACAUUCGAAGCACAGUUUGUCUCAAACGGUUGUCUCGUGAUUGGUACGAUAACAGUUUGGUGGCAGACUUUGACAACACUUUCAGGAGCUGGAUGGUGGAAAAUGUAAGUGGUAGUGCCGCAUCUUGA